UCAGAGCGGUUGAGCUUCUUAUGAGAGACUCAGUGCUUUUCUUUGCUCGUGCGAUUUGAGAGAGAUUUUGGAGAGAUUUGCCUUUUCGGAGAGUUCGAGAGCGCUUUUUUGGGGUCCCCCAACAAAAGCAUUUUUUUCUGCAGGUAUUCCAGGUGGAGGAAAGUGCUUUUAAGCAUAUUCUCCACCCCAAACAUGGAGUCUGUCUCCAAGAAGAGAAGACGACAACAAGAGACAACUACAGAAGAAGAGAUGAAGAGGAAGAAGAUGAAACUUCUGGACAGCCAGGAAAGAACCGAAGAAAGAAGAAGCCAGGAGAGACAGCCCAUUCAAGCUGAGCGUCUACCGGAACACAUUAUUACCAACUAUGAGUUCCACUCGAUUCUUGGCCGAGGCACAUUUGGCAAGGUGUUUUUGGCUUCCAUCCCCACGAAGAAAGAACGCGUGGCUGUAAAAGUCAUCAGGAAGACACCCAAGGACGAGGAGAAGAAAACGAUAGAGAAGGAGGCCAGAAUCCUGAAGGUUGCUUGCGGCAGUCCAUUCUUGUGCCGUGGCCUUGCAGCCUUUCAGACCAAACAAUAUGCCUUUCUGGUCAUGGAGUAUGCAGGCGGAGGCAGCCUCAGCAAUCUGCUGGGCAUCAAGCACCAUCUGAAAAAAAGACAUGUCAUCUUUUACUCUGCAGAACUAAUUUGUGGUGUUCAGCAUCUCCAUUCUCUAGGUAUCAUCCAUCGAGAUCUUAAGCCAGACAACAUCCUGCUUACCAGCGACGGACACAUGAAAAUCGCUGAUUUCGGCAUCGCAGCAGAAGGCGUUUUUGGCCACAAGACCAUCCGUGGGAAAACUGGAACAUGCUGGUACAUGGCCCCAGAGCUGCUAGGUAACAAGAAGUACAACGCAGCAGUAGACUGGUGGUCAUUAGGGAUAAUACUUAGUGAAAUGGCCACAGGAAGAUCCCCAUUUGAUGACCACUACCACCAACAGGAUGUGAGAAGUUCCAUCCUCACUGAGAAGCCGGUGUUUCCUGAGGGGAUGAGCACAACAUUGCAAGAUCUCCUGCAGAAGCUUCUGAAGAAAAGACCACACAAACGUCUUGGGAUGAAUGGAAAUAUAAGGGAACACCAACUCUAUAGGAAAAUUAAUUGGGAGGAUGUGGAAAGGCAAAGGAUUUCACCACCAAUUAGAUUUGAAGCUGUAAGUAAUGGUUGUGGACUGUACUAUUCCUUUCUGUUUGGACUUUAUAAGUUGUUCCUCAGCACUGGUAUAUAUUAUAUAUUUGUAUCAGACAAGUAGGCUCAGAAACUGUUACACAAAUGUAUGCAGCGGUAGGGCACGUUAUUAAAGUACAUUUAUACAUCAGGAUGCAGCCUUAGAAAGUAGGUGUAAGAAGCAGGGUUGACAUUAGGUUU